AUGGCUGCCUCUCUUUCCAGAACACAACCAACUUGCCAUACUCGCUCUAACAGCUUGCCCUCUAGGCCUCACCCGCUAAGGUCAGAAGCUGGUGAAUAUUUGAAAAGAUUAAGGUCUUACAAAGCUACCUCUACAUCUUCUUCAUCCAUUGGCCAAAAACUAAAUGACCUUCAAGAUUUGCAUGAUGGUGUUGCUAAGUUGCUUCAGUUGCCUCUCACUCAGCAAGCUUUCACCAGAGUGCAGAACAAGGCACCAGUUGAUGAGCUGUUGGACGGAUCUCUUAGGCUCUUGGAUCUUUGCAGCAGUGGCAAGAAUGCCUUGUUGCAAACAAAGGAAAGUGUGCAUGAGCUUCAAUCAGCCAUCCGAAGAAAACGAGGUGGUGAAAUUGCCGAUGAGAUCAGGAAAUUCAUAGCAUCUAGGAAGACUGUGAAGAUGACAAUCCAAAAAAUCCUGAAGAGCUUGAAGGAUUUUGAAAAUAACUACAUGUUUGACAAAGAUGAAGAAAGCUUUGCCACAUUACUUAGUGAGGUAGCACCAGUAACUAUUGCAAUUCUUGAGUCAUUGUUGCUCUUUAUCUGUGGUUCGAAGGCACAAUCAAAGCAAAAAAACAAUUGGUUCGUACUUUCAAAGCUGAUGCAAACAAGAAAAGUAGCAAGUGAGGAAGAAGCAGAUGUAAAUGAAUUUUCCAUGGUGGAUGCAGCACUGCACUCCCUUCUUUGCUGCAGAUCUAACAAAACCGUAACAAUUGAGAGUGCACAAAGCAAGCUGCAAAACCUUGAGUUGUGUAUCCAAGAUCUUGAAGGAGAGCUAGAGCGCCUGUUUAGGUGCUUAAUCAGAACCAGAGUUUCCAUCCUCAACAUGCUCAACAACUAG